AUGGCCAGCUUCAGCAGAUCACUCAGACUCCUCAGACCGCUCACCACUUUCCUCAAACCAACUUCCACCAUAGUCCACUCUUCCACCAAAGCCAACCUCACCCCCACAAUCACCGCCAAGAUGUCUUCCUCUCUGUCGGCCUCCACCUACCUCUCUCACAUUGAGAACCGCCGCUCCCACUACCCCCUGACCAAGGACACCCCCCUCUCCGCCAAGGAGGUCGACACCAUUGUCCAGACCGCCCUCAAGGCCACCCCCUCGUCCUUCAACUCGCAGUCCAACCGCGUCGUCGUCCUCCACGGCGACCACCACACCAAGCUCUGGUCCAUCACCUCCGACAUCCUCAAGGCCAUCGUCCCCGCCGACGCUUGGGAGUCCACCAAGGGCAAGAUGGACCUCUUCUCCGGCGCCGCCGGCACCGUCCUCUUCUUCGAGGACCAGGACGUCGUCAACGGCAUGCAGCAGAAGUUCGCCGCCUACGCCGACAAGUUCCCCAUCUGGGCCAACCAGUCCGACGCCAUGCUCCAGUUCUCCGUCUGGACCGCCCUCGAGGCCGAGGGCUUCGGCGCCAACCUCCAGCACUACAACCCCCUCAUCGACGAGAAGGUCGCCGCCGAGUGGAGCGUCCCCGCGAGCUGGAAGCUCAACGCCCAGCUCGUCUUUGGCGGCAAGACCGGCGAGGCCGGACCCAAGGACUACAAGCCCCUCGAGGAGACCUUCAAGUCCUUCAACUAACGGCGUCACCUCCCUUCCUGCACCGUGGGGGCGUGGGCCCUCUCUUUUUGGUUUCUCACGACGCAUUGACGACGGUUUGCUGCAGAGGAGUUUUAGCCUGCUUUUUUAGAAAGAUGAAGACGUUGGAGAAUAUACACUUGACGUAGACAAGAUAUACAUCGGUGGAUUCAGAUACACAACACAAUACAGUAAAAA